AUGCAGAGAGCAUCGCGUCUGAAGAGGGAGCUCUCCCUCCUGACCACAGAGCCACCUCCGGGCAUCACCUGCUGGCAAGAGGAAAGCCAGCUCGAUGAACUCCGGGCACAAAUUUUAGGAGCUGCAGACACACCGUAUGAGAAAGGAAUAUUCGACCUGGAAAUAGUUGUUCCUGAAAGGUACCCGUUUGAGCCCCCCAAGAUUCGCUUCCUGACCCCUAUCUAUCAUCCUAACAUUGACUCUGCUGGAAGGAUUUGCCUGGAUGUUCUUAAAUUACCCCCAAAGGGUGCGUGGAGGCCUUCCCUGAACAUCUCCACGCUGCUGACCUCCAUUCAGCUGCUGCUGGCAGAGCCCAACCCUGACGACCCUCUCAUGGCUGACAUUUCCUCAGAGUACAAGUACAACAAGCAGCUGUUCUUGCAAAAUGCCAGAGAGUGGACUGAGAAACACGCGAGCCAGCAGAGGAGG